AUGUGCUUCAUCUUCACAUGCGGAGAACACGAGUUCUCCAAACAGUUACAAGGCUACGAAGGCGUCUUGUGCCAAUGCCAUAACUGCGGCAACUACUCCGCGCGAGUCAUCAAGCGCAACCCAUGGUUCACCUUCUGCUUUAUCCCUGUCGUGCCUCUCAGUAUCCACGGCUAUGAAGACGUCGUCUGCUCGAUUUGCAAUUUCGCACAGCCGCUGCCGAAUAGACAGGAUGUUAUUGCUAUGAAGGAUGGUGGAGGGGUGGGUGGCGGUGGCGUACCGUUGCAGCAUCAGCAGCAAGGAGGUCCGCCGGCUGGAUGGGGAGGUGGACCACCUGGUGGUGGUGGUGGUGGACGGGGGGCUCCUAAACCACAGCAGAAUAUGCAUUAUGCGUGA